CAUGCUACAUAGAAGACAUGACCUUCUGAUGAAGAUGGGGAGUGAGCAAGUGAAGAUGAGGAUGAUGAAGGAUUUGAUGGCGGAGAUGGUGUGGAGGCUGAGACGACGAGGGCCCUCAAGCUAAAGAAAGAAGAUGAGAGCUGUACCUGUGCAGAUGCACCUAUUGCACAAGGCUGGAUGGUUGGAGUUGACACACUGCCUAGCAACAAGGCAAAGCCAAGGACUGCUUGUGGUACUGAGUCCCCUCCCUGUGUUCAUCUCAAGGGACAACUUGUCAAAAUACAGAUUCUCAGGGGCUGUCGUUAUCCUCAGGCUACAAUAACGGAAACUGAAAGGGACACCACGAGCGAGAAGACGACAGUCAAACAAAACCAUUUGAGAUUAGGGAGAAAGCGAGCGAGAGACAAUCUGCAACUCACCCGUGACGAAGAGAACAUCCAUCUCUGUACCAAGAUAAAGCCAUCUCCAUCUUCGCCUUCGUCUGUGCCUCACGACCCUCUUCGGGAGACCUCCACCCCGUCGACCGCUCCUUCAGAGCAGAACACCGGGCGCAGAGCCCCACUCCCCACCGCCUCAAUGAAGGAGCCCGACGCGAUAAAGCUGUUCAUCGGGCAGAUCCCCCGGAACCUGGAGGAAAAGGACCUGAAGCCCAUUUUUGAACAGUUCGGGAAGAUCUAUGAGCUUACAGUGAUAAAGGACAAGUACACGGGCAUGCAUAAAGGAUGUGCUUUCCUCACGUACUGUGCCCGCGAGUCGGCUCUGAAGGCCCAGAAUGCAUUGCACGAGCAGAAGACGUUACCAGGGAUGAACCGGCCCAUCCAGGUGAAGCCUGCAGACAGUGAGGGGAGAGGAGAAGACAGGAAGUUGUUUGUUGGAUGCUGGGCAAGCAGCAGUCGGACGCCGACGUCAGGAAGAUGUUUCGAGGCGUUCGGCAGCAUCGAGGAGUGCACUGUACUCCGGGGGCCUGAUGGCACCAGCAAAGGCUGUGCCUUUGUGAAGUACCAGAGCAAUGCUGAAGCCCAGGCUGCCAUCAGUGCAUUGCAUGGAAGCCGCACUCUACCGGGCGCCUCGUCGAGCCUGGUGGUGAAGUUUGCCGACACGGAGAAGGAGCGCGGCAUCCGCCGCAUGCAGCAGGUGGCCUCCCAGCUGGGCGUCAUCAGUCCCAUGAGCCUCCACCUGGGCGCCUACAACGCCUACACACAGGCUCUGGUCCAGCAGCAAGCUUCGGUCGCCCAGUCGGCGUACUUGUCUCCCGUAGCAACAGUCGCCGCCGUGCAGAUGCAGCAGCUGGCGGCACUCAAUCCCAGCAGCAUCAUCUCAAUCCCAGCAGCCGCGCAGAUAGCCACCCCCAUCGCGUCAAUCACCCCCUCCUCAGGUACCAGCACCCCCCCGACCCUCGCCGCCACGCCAGUCUCUGCCUUGCCUCCGCCAAUCGCGUUGAACAGCUACCCCCCUGUGCCAGCGCCGCCCAACGGGCAGUCGGCCUCCGAGUCGCUCUACACCAACGGCGUGCAUCCUUACCAAGCUCAGAGCCCGGCACUGGACCCCCUCCAGCAGGCCUACACUGGCAUGCAGCACUACACUGCCACCUACCCCGCUGCAUACGGAUUGGUCGGACAGCCGUUCCCCCACCAGCCAGCCCUCGUCGCCCAGCAACCGCAGCAGCAGCAGCAAUUGCAGCAGCGUGAGGGUCCUGAGGGCUGUAACAUCUUCAUCUAUCACCUGCCUCAGGAGUUCACCGACUCCGAGAUGCUGCAGAUGUUCCUGCCCUUCGGCAAUGUCAUCUCGGCCAAGGUGUUCGUCGACCGUGCCACCAACCAGAGCAAGUGCUUUGGCUUUGUGAGUUUCGACAACCCAGCCAGCGCCCAGGCCGCCAUCCAGUCCAUGAAUGGCUUCCAGAUCGGCAUGAAGAGGCUCAAGGUGCAGCUCAAGCGGCCCAAAGACGCCAACCGGCCCUACUGAGUGUGACGGACACAGCGAGAAGGAGGGGAAGAGAGUGAGAGAGGAGGAACAGGACCAAAUGUGUGAAGUGUGGAGGUCUGUGUCUCCUUUGCCGUUUUAAAAACAUGGGACCAACUGCUCAGCAAACCAAACCCCAUCUAGCUUCAUGCAUAGGACUAGAAAAAACUCAAAACCGUUCAGAAUCCAUGCAGCUGAAGAACACAGGACCAACUCACUACCCUUAAAGCGUAAUGUCAAAAAAUAAACAUUUAAAAAAAAAUGAAAACAAA